GUUCAACGUUCGCGCAUGCACGUUCAUUGUUACUGGACAUGGAGGGAUAAACUUAUUUACUACAUGAAGAAAGGAGGAAUGGCGCCGAAUAUAACGAGUAGCCCGACAGGUGUACUCUUUGAGGGUGAAACUCUGGAGGAGAGCUCAAGGGUGAUCGACGCGCCUAAAACGAAAUACAAGAGACAGAUCGUUUGGAGGAAUGUGAUUAUUUUCACGUAUCUUCAUAUAAGCGCCGUCUAUGGACUGUACCUCGCUCUUACAUCGGCAAAAUGGGCCACACUAUUAUUCACGAUCUUCUUGCAUGUAUACAGUGCUUUGGGAAUUACAGCUGGUGCUCACAGAUUAUGGGCACACAGAUCUUACAAAGCGAAAUGGCCGUUGCAGUUGUUCCUGAUGAUUGGCAACACAGUAGCCUUCCAAGAUGCGGCAAUCGAUUGGGCCAGAGAUCACAGACUUCACCAUAAAUACAGCGAGACGAACGCAGACCCUCAUAACGCAAAGAGGGGAUUCUUCUUCGCGCAUGUUGGUUGGUUGCUGUGUAGGAAACAUCCGGACAUCCGCGCGAAAGGCAAAGGAAUUGAUCUCAGUGAUCUGAAGAACAAUCCUAUACUGAGUUUCCAGAAAAAAUAUUACGCGAUUCUGAUGCCUCUACUGUGUUUUAUUGUACCGACUAUAAUUCCUGUCUACUGCUGGAACGAGACUUGGGGAAACGGUUACUUCGUCCCUACUGUUUUGCGCUACGUCUAUACGCUGAAUAUGACUUGGUUGGUCAACUCUGCGGCCCAUAUGUUUGGAAACAAACCAUAUGACAAGUAUAUCAACCCCGUGGAAAAUAAAAUGGUAGCCAUAACGGCGUUAGGUGAGGGUUGGCACAACUAUCAUCACGUAUUUCCAUGGGACUACAAAACGGCAGAAUUGGGCAAUUACAAAGUUAACAUAACAACGUUAUUCAUUGACGCCUGCUCAAAACUUGGUCUCGCGUACGAUAUGAAGAUAGUACCUCAAGAUCUGGUGCGGAAACGAGUAGAGAGAACCGGCGACGGAAGCCAUAACGUGUGGGGUUGGGGUGACAAAGAUCAGACGCAACAAGAUAGAGAUGUGACAAUGGUGGUGAAUCUGAAGAAAGAUCAUUAACGGACACAAAUAUUGUGCUAGGCUGAUCGUUUUCUCAAUAGAAAAUAGUAAACGACAGCCUACUUCUUUGUACAGUUCUUUACGGAAGGGGUGGUAUAUAAGUUAUCCGGUAAUCAAUUGAAAUAUUUUGGGAUAGCUCUUAAUAUUCUUAGUUAUCCGGUUAUAUUAGCAUCAGUUAUAUCCAAUUUUUCCGAUAUUGGUUUACAAUAAAGGAUAAAAUAUUGUAUAUUGUUUCGUUGCGUGUUUCCGCCAAGAUUGAUAUUCGCCCCAAGUGUACAAAAGUACGCGUUACUAUCGAACAAAGAUCUUUAUUCUAUUUUAUUAGUCUUAUGUUAUUGUAAUGUAAUCUUAAAAUAAUAGUUAACGUACUUUGAAUAUCAAUUUCUACAAAAUAAAAAAUAUUUAUAUCUUGAUUGACGGCGUAGGCUGUCUUGCGGAUUACUGAUCGCGGCCGAUAUUAUGGUUACGUGAACUCUAAGUGUCUUCAGUGAUUAUGGGUGAAAAUCGAUACUUCGGUUAGACACUUUAACGACGUCCUAGAUCGUAACGAUAGACUCGCAGGCGACGAUAGUUUAAAACUAUAUAUAUAUAUAUAAUAUAUAUAUAUAACUAUAUAUAUAUAACUAUAUAUAUAUAUAUACACCAAACUUCGAAGAACAUUGAUGCUUGUAAUAGCUGGUGAAACUGUUCCAUAGGAUUUAUGGAUACUGAAUUAAAUUUCUGUUCUUGAGCUCUCUAUCCGAUGGCAGUGUGGAUUCUGUUCUUAGGAGGCUUCUUUGCUGUCUUUGUCUUUUAUUUAUUUCAUAUUAAUAGUCGAUAUCAGAGCUGCGAAGGAUAAAAGGAGAUAAAUAUGAAUGUUUUUAGCAUGUUUAAUGAGAAAAAAAUGUUAUGUUAACGCGAAUUAUUAUAGCGACCACAUAAUUAGGACGCGUUAAACGUAUUCUCAUAAAGAACCAAGUGAAUCGAGAGAAAUUCGUCGAGGAUUUUAUGCUUUAUGAUAAUAUGCCUCUUUAGCCGUUUUAAUGCUAUAAAUCAUUCGUUCUUUCAAAAAUUGAAAAUUUUUCGUAACUCUGAUUCGUACGGUUUCACUAUUGUUUUUCACCUUACACAUUUCCGUUUUCCCUUUUAUGAUCGUUCCUUAAUCCUUUCAAGAUGCUUGCUCUCAUCCUACUUAUAUAAUAGCAUGCUAUUUUUGUAAUAAAAAUUCUAUCUUUCGUUUCUACUUUCUCUUUCCUGUCUUUCUCUUUAUUUUUAUUUGGAAAUUUAAUUACAAUACAACUUAAAUUAUUUAGUAGCGAUGUUUGAGUCAUUUAUGGGAACACUGGAAUUUAAUAUACUGCGUUUCCUUUUCCUCUCUUUCGACUCGUUAUUGGGUCGAAUUUAACCUUAGAAAGCGGAAACUAGAAGAAGAAUGUAAAAAAAUAUAGCUUUAGUUGAUCUUUCUUCGAAUAUUUUCUUUUUUCUUCUUUUAUAUUUACUUUUUUUAUUACUGAAUACAACAUUAAUUAUCUUCAUCGAUUAUCACUGAUAUGAUCCUAAAUAUUUUUCUAUGCGUAUGGUAGGAAGCAAUGUUCUUUUCGUUUUUGGAAAUUGACAUUAUAAUUUGUGAUAUGUAGAAUUGCAGAAGAUAGUACAAUACAUUUCUUCAAUUAAAGAUGUUUAAAAAAUAGAAGAAGCGUCACGCUUUCUCGGGUUAAAGACUAAGAAAGAUAGAAGAAACAGAAUAUGAUAUCUUCCUAAUUUGUUCUCUCUUCCUAAUAAGAAGUGAGCGCGUAAAAAACACAAUAAUAUUUGUACUCGACGACACUAUUUGAAAAAACACAUUAGAAAGCGUGAUUGUAAAAAGAAGAAGAAAAAACCGAACGAAACUAAGAUGAUGUCGAUCAAUACGAAGACCUCUGGUACCUUUAAGAAAAGCACGCCGUGCUCUGCAACGAUUUGCACGUGUAUAUUUGUAAAAUUAUUUGCAUAGUCGACAUAGUCGAUUGCAAGAAAGAUUGUAAAGAAAGUGAAAAAAACAUUGUACGCUUAAUGUAAAUGUAAACGACUGUCAGUUUUCUACUUGAACCUCUUAUUUCGAAUAUUUUUUGUUAUCGUGCGGGCGCUUGUGAAAUUUGUUGAUAUAUUUAAUAUUUGCUUUUCUAAGAGACAUUCCAUCCUUGAUAAAAUAUCCUUCCCCGUGUAAAGAAUUGAAAAAUUAGCUAAACAAAUUCUCAGGCAAGGGUCUCCUUCGUUAUCUUCAGAACUUCAUUAAAAAAAGGAACAGUAGGCAGCAAAAUUCUUUCUACGUUCAAACAUAUGGUGAAUCUCUCUUUGCUAAAAGUGUCUUAGAACAUUAAUUUCGAAGUACCACUACAAGAAACAAAAUCCUUUCUCUUCGUUGAUUUGUUAAAAAAAAAAAAAAAAAAAA